GAUCGAGAUCCAGUGGGUUGUUUUUUUUUUUAAGUCGUUUGGGAGUAGUGUCGGAAGCCCUAAUUUAUUCCAUUUAGACGACGUGUAAAUUUACCAAUGUCUGGAAUUAUAUGCUUGUUUAAACGGAAUCAUUGACGUGUUGAUCCUAGGUGUUGAGUGGGGCUGUAAUCGACAAGGAUGGCUCAAACACACAGUGUCAGCAUGCCUGGAGGAACGUCUUCUCGGCGACAUGGCCAUCACAACCACUCUCAUGAGACAGGUUCCUUAUCCAUGCCAUCUGGUAGGCAUGGUGAUACAGAAUGGGAAGCAAAAGAAGCUCAUCGACAAAGGGAACUGGAGGAAGCCCGUGCCCGGGCUGCACAGAUGGAAAAAACAAUGCGUUGGUGGUCCGAUUGUACUGCUAACUGGAGGGAAAAGUGGAGCAAGGUACGAAAUGAAAGAAAUUCUGCCCGAGAAGAAAGUAAGAUGCUACGUUCUAAACUUGAAAUGGCUAUCAAAGACAGAAAUAGCUUCAAACGAGAAAAGCUUGAAUUGGAAACACAGAAUGAUCGAUUGAAGAGGGAACUAGAGAAAAUCCACCUCCUUCUUUUAAAACAUGAUGAUCAGACAUUAUUGGUGGAAGCAUUGGCCCAUGAGGAUCCUGAGAGAGAUUUGACAGUUCAGAAACCAGCCAGACUUACGGGCUCCUCGCCUGUCAGCAGCAGCAGCUUGCCAUCACCAAAGGCAGCAUCCAUCAACAGCCGAAGCCCUACUGCCUGCAAUGGGAAUGGUGGAGAGUCUGACAGUUCUCGCAAAAGCACUGCUGACCUGCACAACAAGAUGUGCAGAGAGCUGAAUAUAGAGGAGUAUGUUCUCCAGGGAGCAGUACCUCGGCAUGCUGUUGAAAUGUACUACUCAAGUGGCAAAGAAAAUGCUCUUGACGCGGAAGAAAAUGCUGACAGCCUUCUUUGUCCCCGGGGUGGACUUGAAUCACCUGAUGCAGCUGCAACUGAAGAUGGCAAAGCCUUGAGGAGUCAUUCACCAAAUGCAGUGGAUACCUUGGGCUCACAUUAUGAUGUGGGCAGUGGUAGCAGUGUUGGUGGUGAACCGGGGGAAGAGCGAGGGCGCAGAGGACGAGUGGGCGAUCACAACCGUUCAGUGUCAGCCUGUUCUUCAUCCCCAGAUCGUGAAAUAUUAAUUCAGAGACUUAUGUCAAAACUGGAAGAAGCUACAAAAACUAUACAGACACUAAAUGAGGAGAAAUUGACCAGGCGAAACACGAUUGAGCGUUUGGAAGCUGAACUGCUUGAGUUAAAAGUUAGAUGUGAGGAUCUGUGGCAAGAACGACAAAAAGCAGUGAGAGACUUACUCCAGCUUGAAUCUCUUCAAGAGGAUGAAGUGCGACACAUUCGAGCAGAACUUCAAGAUGAAGCAUCAAGUCGAGAGGGGAUGGAUCGUCGUCUGGCGGAUCUCAGAUCAGAGCUAGAGAGGUUGCAAGCUGAGAAUGCUGUUGAAUGGGGUAAAAGGGAACGUCUUGAAACCGAGAAGCUGGGGCUGGAGCGUGAUAAUAAGAAACUUAAGGCAGAAUUGAAGGAUGUUCAAGAACGGCUUGCAGAACGACGUGCCAAACCAACCUCUGCUUCCUCUGAUGCGGAAUUGAGACAAUGUCAGCAAGAGCUAGCUGAUAGAACCAAGGAAUUAUCAAGUCUGAAACAUUCUCAAAACAAGCUUAAAAAAAUUAUCCAAGAAAAGGCAACAGAGCUUGCCCAUGCUGCACGCCGUGCUGAGCAGUAUGAAGCUGAAGUGAAACGCCUGCGAGGGCGAGUAGAGGAGCUCAAGCGUGAUUUAGCCAUUGCCGAAGAUGAAGUUGAUGUAGCCUCAAACAACAUAAGGAAACUGCAAAGGACUAAUGAUGAGCUGCAAGAACAAGUUGAGAGUUUACAAGUUCAACUAGACCACACACAAACUAGACGUGAUACUGAGAACUCAGCUUCACCAUCGGGCAGUAAUGGAGAUGAUGAGGCAGAACCAGAUGCAGAUGAUGAAGAAGGUGAAGGAGAUGACUCAGAAACUCUACAUCCUCGAGUCAUCUGUCAAUAAGGAAUCCUAAACACUUGCUUGAACAAGGCAGUGAUGAUGAUGACGAUGAUGACGACGACGAUGAUCUCAACUUGUAUUAAAUAUGAAAGCAUUAAUGCAUUUCUAGUCAAUGCCUAAGUAAUUAUUUUUUUUGGUUUCUCAUAUUUUUCUGUAUCUAAGCAACUUCAAUGUGGCAUACAUUCCACUACUUUUUAUGGGUCGUAGACCUUAAUUUUAAUUUAGACAAAUUCUGUUUUAUGAACUUACUUGCACCAGCAUGUUAAGUUUAUCGAUUUGUAGCAUAGUUUUGACUGACUUGGUUUAUUCGUUUGGGCUCAGUAUGUCUGUAUAACGUCAUAGUUUUCUGUGAUAUGAAUGUGAAUCUACUAAGAGAAUUAUUUAAAACACUUAAAGAGCACCUUAGUUCACUGUUAUUUUCAGAUCAAUGCUACUCAGUAAGAGAGAUACAAGCUUUACAAGUUAUAUAACAUUUUUGAAUGUUGGUAAUGAAGGUGAUCUAUUUAUUUUUGGCUUCUAUACUUGUUGUCUUCUACCCUCUUUCUUUUUUUUCUUCUCGAAUUUUAAAGUAAUUUCCCAAACGGAAUAUCCACUCAAAGCAAUAUAAGAAGUGUGCUAGAUGGAAUUCCUGAAUAGCAUAAAUAUCUGAAUGCAAUGGCCCCUGGCUAUGGUCACAAGAUUGUGGCUUUUUUGUUUAUGUGAGCUUCAAUGUUAAUACUUUAGAAAUGACUUUAAACCAUCAAUGGUGGCAACAUAAAAAGUAAUGUUAUUAUAAGAGAAAUUAAGUUGCUGAAGGCCUAUGAAUGUUACACAUUGAGGGGCAUUAUUUGUUCCUGCACUGGUUUUGCUGUAAUUACUGUAAGUUGUUAAUAUGUUUCUGUUAUAGCCUAUGUUCAGCAGCAAUAAUCUUAGUAUUAAUCUCAUUGUUGUAUUAUAUUGUGUUUUUAACUAUUUAUUUAGGUCUAUGUCUCAUUGAUUUUUAUAUCAAGUUUUGUUCCUAGUCAAAAUGUGGCCAACAUGUCAUGUAUUAUAAUACAAAAUAGAUCAUGGUGGGACUUAGUUCUGCUCUCUCCGCAUUA